AUGUCUCCACCAAGGUUUAGCGGCAGACAGGACGGCCGCACCGAUCCUACCACGGCCCUCCCACGGGUCCUUUGCCUCCACGGCGGUGGCACUAAUGCACGUAUUUUCAGGACUCAGUGUCGGGUAAUUCGAGCCCAUCUGGCCGACUCGUUUCGUCUCGUGUUUGCUGACGGGCCAUUUCCCUCCGGGCCUGGGCCAGACGUGACCGCAGUGUACGGCGACUGGGGUCCCUUCCGCGCUUGGCUGCCACAUCCUGCCGUGAAGGAUCCCGAUGUUGACAAGAUUGACGAGUGCAUUGCGGCCGCCAUGGCCGCUGACGACCGCGCAGGAGCAACAGGAGCAUGGGUUGGCUUGUUGGGGUUCAGCCAGGGCGCCAGGGUGGCCGCUAGUCUGCUGUUGAGGCAACAGCGGCAUCAGCAGAGACAGAAAGCCAGUCUUGGCUUCGCAUACGGCGCAACGAAUGCAAUUUCCGAGUACCGCUUUGCUGUCUUAUUUGCUGGAAGAGGCCCGCUAUUGGACAUGGGUGCUGGCGACGACAACACACGGCCAGAGGCUGAACUGCUGGAGCUGCCAACCAUCCACGUGCACGGACUACAAGACCCUGGGCUUGAGAUGCACCGGGACCUCCUGCGUUGCUGUUUGGGCUCUAGUGCGAGACUGGUCCAGUGGGACGGGGACCAUCGGGUGCCCAUCCGAAGGAAGGAUGUUAGCGCAGUGGCGGCUGAGAUCCGAGACUUGGCGUCGAGAGGGAUUCUGGGUGAUGGUUAA